AGAGAGAGACUGGGCGAGUCGGGCUGAGUGCUAGCUUCUGGGACUCACACCCCUCAGGAUGCCGUCAGAGCGGCCCUUUAAGCACAGGAGAACCUUCGCCGAGCGUUGUGCAGAAGUACGGCAGAUCCGUGAGCAGCAUCCCAAUAAAAUUCCGGUUAUUAUAGAGCGAUACAAGGGGGAGAAGCAGCUGCCUGUGUUGGAUAAAACAAAAUUCCUUGUUCCAGAUCAUGUGAAUAUGAGUGAACUAGUGAAAAUCAUAAGACGCAGGCUGCAAUUGAACCCCACCCAGGCCUUCUUCCUGCUUGUUAACCAGCACAGCAUGGUGAGUGUCUCCACCCCAAUACUGGAUAUCUACGAACAGGAGAAGGAUGAGGACGGCUUCCUGUACAUGGUGUAUGCCUCGCAGGAAACAUUCGGCCACUGAUGUCCUGAGGAUGCACAAUCGCUCGCACGCCAACACACAUCCAACACGGCUAUGCACAGACACACUCUUGCAUAUUGACACUUACAUGUGAUUUUAACCACACUUCUUGCCUGUAGAUACCAACAAAUCAUUCUUGCACAAGUACUGCCUCGCACAAAUACUGUUACACGAGCAUUCCACCAUGCUUUGGACGCUUGUUAAUGCAAUGUGUGUAUGCGCACACUUAUUUCUGUGCACACAUUCAUACCCCCCAUGCCUGUAUGUAAGAUUUCAUGCUUGCACGCAAUCAACCUUCCGCUGCUAUGCAGAAUCUCCUGGUUACACACACGCAGUAAAAAUGGGGUGCCCCAUGUGUAACACACUUUCCUGCAACAAAGGUUUGCCCUUUUGUGUAACUGUAGAUAGAGUUUUUGUGGCUCAUAUUUGUGAGGUUGCAAACAGGGGCACAAAUUAUAGAAAUGUGGACAUUUAGGGGCCCGAGGACCACUGAAAGUACAAAGGGUAUUAAUAUCGGCGUUCCAUCACAAAAUGGAGCCCAUAAUUUUAUCAUUUGGGUCUAUAUUGUCUGGUCUCAUCAGUGGAGCUUAGGGAGUAAAGGGGACAAUAAACCUUUGAGGUUAACCCUUUGUUCAAAAAACUGCAGCACUCACAGAUAUCCACUACAGUUUCCUGCUUUACGGUUUAUCAGGAUUUCCAGUGUGUAAUCAUGGAAGCACUUUAAGAGCUCCUUCUGUUGUCCAGAGGAAUUCACUGCGGUCACAAGUAAUAACAACAUGGCAGCUUUUUAGUAUAACAUCAAACCAGUGCUGGCCAAUGGGCUUACUCACGUGGUUUACUGUUUCUUUUUUAGGGGGGCAAAAUAUAUACCUGCUGUUAGGCCCACUGUUAUUAUGCCUCCGCUUGCACUUCUUGUAGCCGCUGGUCGUUGGCCAUAGCAACAACACCAUUAACUUUCGCUAUUUGUAGAUUUUAGUAAACAGCAAGAUACAAAAGAGAAAAAAAAAAUCAGUUCUCUCGAAAAUGGAGAUACUUGUGUGUAACCGAUUCUUUCUACCUGUACGAUUUAUUUUAUUCUUUUAAUCUGCCAAAUUCUGGCAUAAAUCUGAUUUUCUUGAGUGUUAUAGUGAUUGAUAAUCAUGAAUACGGAGUGACUAGGGGGGGUCGGGGGGGGGUUGUUAAUAGCUGUACAGAGUUAGACUUCAGUUUUCUGUCUCGCUAAAGUCUCCUUUUUCUGUUUUUAGUUAUUUUAAUCUUUUUGUUGUUCUCCUGAUGGAACGUAAAACGGUGAGAGGGUAAAUGAGACUUCCCCUCUCUAUACUGCAAUGAGAAAAUGUACAAAAAAAAACUAUAUAAAUAUAAAAAGCUGAUGUGUGUAUAUACUGAUACAUUUCAUGUGUAUAAAUAAGAAUAAAAAAAAUAUUGAAAGAA